UAAGGAUUCCCUUUUGGAUUUAUAUGUCCUUUCAUUCUACUGAUUCAUCAGUCUCUUCAGACUCUUUCAAUGGAUCAAAGUUCAGAAAUUUUCAUUUUUGAAGAGGAGUUCAUAUUUAAUCCAAGAGGAGUAAAGCUCUUCACUUGCAGAUGGCUUCCAAAAACCAAAGAACCAAAAGCUCUAAUGUUCAUUUGCCAUGGUUAUGCCAUGGAAUGCAGUAUUUCAAUGAGAGGCACUGGAACUAGACUUGCAGAAGCUGGCUAUGCAGUGUAUGGAAUUGACUAUGAAGGCCAUGGAAAAUCCUCUGGACUUCAAGGCUAUAUACCGAGUUUCGACAAUCUUGUUAAUGAUUGUUCAAACUAUUUCAUCAGCAUUUGUGAGAAACCAGAAAACAAGAAAAGAAGAAGGUUUCUACUUGGAGAGUCUAUGGGAGGUGCUGUACUUCUUCUUCUUCACAGAAAGGAACCUUCUUUUUGGGAUGGAGCUAUUCUUGUUGCUCCAAUGUGCAAGUUAGCUGAAGAAAUCAAGCCUCAUCCCAUUGUGAUAAAGAUAUUGAAGAAGCUCUGCAACAUCAUCCCAACAUGGAAAGUAACUCCCACUCAAGAUAUCAUAGACAUUGCCUUCAAAAGCCCUGAAUUCAGACAAGAAGUUCGAUGUAAUCCAUAUUGUUAUAAAGGAAGGCCUCGACUAAAGACAGCUGAUGAACUUCUUACUGUCAGUUUAGACAUUGAACAUAAUUUGCAUCGAGUGACUCUGCCAUUCUUGGUUGUUCACGGCGGAGAUGACAUUGUCACUGAUCCUUCAGUUAGCAAACUACUCUAUGAGUUGGCCGGUAGCGAAGACAAGACUUUCAAGUUAUACUCGGGAAUGUGGCAUGCUCUCACCUCCGGUGAGCCUCCAGGAAACAUUAAUCUCGUAUUUUUUGACAUCAUUGCAUGGCUAGAUGAAAGGUCGUGCGCCGACACUGCCACCGAGCAAUCUUCAGAGACAGAACUGAAGGUGAAGCAUGAUCAACAACAAGAGUCCUCAGUGCCUCAAGGCAGCAACAGGUUCCUUGAGAACUAGUUGUGAUGGUUGGUAUUUACAUAAAAAGAUAAAGUGAGUUACUAGUCAUGGAAGUUGAGUUGAAGGACUUCUUCAUAUUGUUUAUUGAUUUAAACCAUCUUUAAUUAUACCAUAAUUGUUUGAUGUUAAUAUUUCAAAAUAAGAAUUGAAAUU